GGGCAGUCCAUCUCGUCAGGCCGUGGCGAUUUCCUCGUCGGAAAUGUCAUUCGAGCCGCGGCAUUUUUCCUCUCGGUGGUCGGGGUUGUGCCGAUGCGUUUUGGCGUAUCGUCUAGUGGGCCGCCAGCUUUGCUCUUUGGGGAUGUCUUUAGCAUGGUCUGGGUUUCUCCUCUUCGCGACAUUGCCUCCGCGCCUCGCUGGGCUCUCCUUCCCACUGACGUUCUUCGCCUGGUCCGCCGAUGGGGAAUCUGGGUGGGCCUUUUUUUUUCAAAACCGGAAAAAUUAGAGAACUAUUAG